UAGAAUGUUUUUGAAUCCUCUAAAUACAAGUCAAAUUAGUUUGUCUCCUGCUUAUAAUGAAUCAGAAUUUAUAAAUUUACUUAUAACUAUGGACAUAAAUGAAUCCAGAUUAUCAAAUGCCCUUGCUAUGCAAUUAUUUAAUCCAGAAUAUGAUUGGAAUGAUCCCAAUUUUGAUAAUAAUGACCAAUUUAGCCGAUCACUAUUUAAUGAGAAUAGUUACCUUUUAUCACCUG